CAGCUUCCUUCCUCCUGAGACGACCAACAAGCUCAUCAGGUGCUCUCACUGAGGAUGUAAUCGCUUGUCCGCAGCAUGCCUUCUUCAGUACUCGAUCGAUCGCUCUGUUUGUAAGCUUGCAAUCCUGUCUGAAGAAGCAAUAAACCAGAGGAUGGGUUGGAGCCUUAAACUAACAAUCUUAUUACUUUGUGUGGAAGCAGCGGCAUCAGUCACCCCCCUCACAAUGCCCGGUUGCCGUGAAUAUUGCGGGGACGUUAGCAUCCCCUAUCCAUUCGGUGUCGGAGAUUCCAUCUGUUUCAAAAAUCCAUAUUUCGAGUUGUAUUGCAACGAAUCCUCCUUUUACCAGCAUCCAGUCCUCUUUUUUGGAAAGGGGAGCAACGUACCCAUCCUGAAUAUAUCACUAGAAUUGGGCUUACUGAAGGUCGAUCUCUUGCAGGCUCGCGAUUGCUACGACAGGUCGGGUAUCAGUGUAGACCGAUUUAAUCAGUGGUUUGCAUUCGCAGAAUUUUUCACCUUAUCACAGACUCGUAAUAAGUUCACAGCCAUAGGCUGUGAUACCAUCGCUUUCAUGACGGACUCUGCCGGCGAAAGCUUUACGACUGGUUGUGUUUCUGUCUGCAACAGCCUUGACAACGUGACCGGUGGAGUUUGCUCUGGCAUUGGAUGCUGCCAGACACCCAUUCCCACCGGAUUCAGAAAUGUGACUAUGAGUCUGGGCAGCGUCUUUAAUCACACCAACUCCUUUGAUUUCAACCCAUGCAGUUAUGCCUUCUUGGCUGACCAAGAAUGGUUCAAUUUCUCUAGGUCAGACCUGUCGUCUACCGGGAAUAGAUUGAGAACCGCUCCGGCGGUGGUUGAGUUUGUCGUCGAGAAGAAGACUUGUGAAGAAGCUGGAAACAAAUGUGGCCCCAACAGCAAAUGCUCUUAUUCCCACGACGGCGCUGGAUAUCGUUGUCACUGCAACCUAGGUUACCAAGGCAACCCAUACCUUCCACAAGGCUGUCAAGAUACCGACGAGUGUGGAGACAUACACAACAAUCCGUGCGUGAAAGAAGCCCAAUGCAUUAACACAAAGGGUAACUACAGCUGCUCUUGUCGACGUGGAUAUCGUGGUGAUGGCAAAGUAUAUGGAAUUGGCUGUAUCCGGGGUACUAAAGCAUUUCCCAUUAUGCCGGUUGUUGGAGGUACUGGUCUAAGCAUUCUCUUUCUACUUGCUUGUGGCUCUUUGUUAUAUUACACAAUCAAGAAAAGAAAGCUUAUCAAACUUCGACAGAAGUUCUUUCAACAAAAUGGUGGUUUAUUACUGCAACAACAGAUCUCGUCGCGUAGAGGUGUUUCAGAUAUUGCCAAGAUCUUUAGUGAAGAAGACCUUAAGAAGGCAACAAACAAUUUUGAUGAAAGUCAUAUCAUUGGUCAAGGAGGUUAUGGCAGGGUUUACAAAGGAAUUCUACCAGAUAAAAGAGUAGUUGCCAUUAAGAAGUCUAAAAUAAUGGACCAGAGCCAAAUUUUACAAUUUAUAAAUGAGGUUGACAUCCUUUCUCAAAUCAACCAUAGAAAUGUGGUGAAGCUGUUGGGUUGUUGUUUUGAGACAGAGGUGCCCUUGUUAGUCUACGAAUUCAUCUCCAACGGAACCCUUUACCAGCACCUCCAUAAUGAGGAUCACGCAUCGCCUAUUCCAUGGGAAAAACGCUUGAGAAUUGCAGCUGAAACUGCAGGAGCAUUAGCUUAUUUGCAUUCUGCACAUUCCAUACCAGUUCUUCAUAGAGAUAUGAAGACUGCUAACAUAUUGUUGGAUGAUAAUUAUAUCGCAAAAGUUUCAGAUUUUGGAGCUUCGAGGUUGGUUCCUAUGGAUCAAACUCAAAUGACUACACUGGUUCAAGGGACAUUAGGUUAUUUGGAUCCAGAAUGUUUUCAUACAGGUCAAUUAACAGAUAAAAGUGAUGUUUAUAGUUUUGGUGUUGUGCUUGCGGAGCUAUUAACUGGAGAAGAACCACUAUCACCAGAGAGGCCCCCAGAACAUAAAAGUUUAGCGAUGUAUUUCCUUUCUUCAAUCAAAGAGAACCGUCUCUUUGAAAUACUUGAGAAUGAAGUUCUGAAUGAGGGAAACAGAGAGCAAUUAAUGGCUGUUGCUAUGCUUGCAAAGAGAUGCCUAAAACUGAAAGGCGAAGAAAGGCCUACAAUGAAAGAAGUGGCAGCAGAGCUUGAAGGGUUGAGAAAGAUCCAACAGCAUCCAUGGGUACAAGGAAAUCAAGAGGAAACUGAAUAUUUGCUGGGUGAACCAUCAAGCUAUUCAAUUGAUAAUGGCAAUGCAACAGGUCAGGAAAGCUUGGGGAAUGACUUCAUAUUAGAAAUUGAUAUUGCACGCUAAGAAUUUAACACAAUGUCUUGCAAAAUUUGUAUGUUAUUUUAUGUGUCAACUGUCAACCCUUGAAUGAUUAGUGCUUAUGGGAAUGUAAUCAAAAGUGUAAAUUUUACUGCUUGAAAUACU